AGCGUCGAUCUGUAGCAUGGGCUUUAGCAUGUUUAGCUAAGUAGUGUGCACUUUUUGUAUUUUCUCGCUAAAUGUGACUGUUUUUAUGGCAUGAGGUAGUUGGUUGUCACACGUCAGAGUCGAUAGAUAUUUUUGUUGUAAAUAUUGCGUUUUCUUUCUUUUUUUGCGGUUGUGUCUGCGCUAAUGUCAUUUAGCUGACUUCGCUGUUAGCUUCUUUGGCAGCUAAAUCUAUCAAGUUGUCGCCCGAGAGACUUUAUUUUUGUCAUGGCCUAAAUGUACAGUUCAGAAAAUUUUACACAGCCGUAACUUAAUGUUUACAGGUGAACACAGCCGUAGCUCCAGCUAGCAGGCUGUUAGCACAUCAACAACAUGGGCUUUAAGUGGCGUUUAAAGACGGCUGGGACAUUUUGUGUUUUCACGAUUGUUCUAAUAGUUUUCGUGAAAGGAGUAACAGCUGAUGAAGAGCAACAUGUGGACGAUGAACCAGAGCUAAAAUCGUAUCAUGAGCCAGACUCUGAGGAUGACGACAUCAUACUUGGCUCAUCGAUUGCGGCAGAAACCUCCUUCACUUCAGGUCAUGAACCCUCUCGACCAGAAGAGGAGAAACAGCCACCUAAGGAUGGACUGGAGGGUGAAGAGAAGGAGGAGCUACCUGACCAGCUACCUCCUGCUGAAGAAAAACCUAAAGAAGUUCCUAUAGUCAAUGGUGGUACAGCCAAUGGAGAGCUCUGCAUAUUUCCCUUCUCUUUCCAAGGGAAGGAGUAUUCUGAGUGUACCACCGAUGGGCGGGGUGAUGGACGGCUGUGGUGCGCAACAACAUACGACUAUGACCAGGAUAAAAAGUGGGGUUUCUGUGAGACUGAGGAGGAGUCACAGCGGCGGCUGCAGGCAGAGGAGACUGAGGAACAGUAUCAGACUGUGGUGCGAAUGCUCAACAUCACUAUCCGGAGGAGCCAGAAGAAAGAUUUAUAUGAGAAGCUGCUGAAAAUAGCAGAGAAAGGCCACCAUAAAGCCAUGGAGAAGGUGGCUUAUGCCAUGCUGUUUGGAAGCUACAUGAGACAGAACAUCACCAGAGCCAAGGAAAUGUUGGAGAAGCUUUCCGUGGAGGGUUCACCCAAAGCUCAAACAGCUCUUGGAUUUCUAUAUGCUGCCGGGCUUGGUGUCAACUCCAGCCAAGCAAAAGCUUUGGUUUACUACACAUUUGGAGCAUUGGGUGGAAACUUGAUGGCUCAUAUGAUCCUAGGAUACCGAUACUGGGGAGGUGUGGGUGUACCCCAGAGCUGUGAAUCAGCACUGACCCACUAUAGGCUCGUGGCAAAUCACGUUGCCAGUGAUGUGUCCCUGACUGGCGGUUCAGCCGUGCAGAGGAUCAGGCUGCUGGAUGAGGUGGAGAACCCCGGAUCCACCAGCGGAAUGCUGGAGGAGGACCUGAUUCAGUACUACCAGUUCUUAGCUGAGAAAGGAGACGUACAAGCACAGGUCGGAUUAGGUCAGCUGCACUUGCAUGGAGGACGUGGAGUUGAACAGAAUCAUCAGAGAGCAUAUGACUACUUCACCCAGGCUGCCAAUGCAGGGAGUACACAUGCUAUGGCCUUUCUGGGUAAGAUGUACUCUGAAGGCAGCAAGUUUCUCCCUCAGAACAAUGAGACAGCUCUGCAGUACUUCAAGAAGGCUUCAGACUUGGGUAACCCAGUAGGUCAGAGUGGCCUGGGUAUGGCCUACCUAUAUGGAAGGGGUGUCCCAGUGAACUACGAGCUGGCACUGAAAUAUUUCCAGAAAGCAGCAGAACAGGGUUGGGUUGACGGACAGCUUCAGCUGGGUACCAUGUAUUAUAAUGGCAUUGGGGUGAAGCGCGAUUACAAGCAGGCAUUGAAGUUCUUCAACCUGGCCUCUCAGGGAGGUCACAUUCUAGCUUUUUACAACUUGGCCCAGAUGCACGCCACUGGCACGGGAGUGAUGCGCUCCUGUCACACUGCUGUGGAGCUCUUCAAGAGUGUGUGUGAGCGUGGGCGCUGGUCAGAGCGUCUGAUGUCGGCGUACAGCAGUUUUAAGGAAGGCGAGAUGGAUGCGGCACUGGUGCAGUACAUGCUUUUGGCUGAGCAGGGCUACGAGGUGGCUCAGAGCAACGUGGCAUUCGUUCUGGACCAGCAUGGAGGAAAGAUCUUCAGCAACAAUGAGACGUAUCCUCGAGCAUUGCUUCACUGGACAAGAGCUGCAGCUCAGGGUUACACUGUGGCGAGGAUAAAAUUAGGAGACUACCACUACUACGGCUAUGGGACGGACGUGGACUACGAGACGGCUGUGAUCCACUACAGACUGGCGUCGGAGCAACAGCACAGUGCCCAGGCCAUGUUUAAUCUGGGUUACAUGCAUGAGAAAGGACUGGGUAUUAAACAGGACAUCCAUUUAGCCAAGCGUUUCUAUGACAUGGCUGCUGAAGCCAGUCCCGACGCCCAGGUUCCAGUCUUCCUGGCCCUGUGUAAGCUCGGACUGAUAUACACUCUGCAGUACCUGCACGACCUGAAUUUAAAAGAGCUGGUUUCCCAAGUGGACCUGGACCAGCUCCUCGGCCCGGAGUGGGACCUGUAUCUCAUGACCGUCAUCGCCCUGCUGCUGGGCACAGUCAUUGCCUACCGACAGCGCCACCACCAUAUCAUAGCGCCGCCUCGACCGCCCGCUCCUGCACCAGCACCCCCGCCGAGACCGGCACAGGAGCAGCCGCAAGCCCAGGCUGAGCUCCAGGGCCCUGCCCAGGAAGAGGAGGAGCCACAGGAACAGCAGUGAGAACAAACUGGUAGAAAAGAGAAGGGGGCAGUGCCGGCUGCUGCACGAAGCAGCCGCUGCUCUCCGAGAACCUGCUGACCUUCUGUGCCUAUAUAUAUAUACACACACACACAGACUGAAAUUAAUAAACUAAGUUUGUUCUGAGGCAAAACAGUGGACUUUUGCUUGUAAGGACUACAGACAUGUCAAUCUGAGACUCUGGAUACUUCUGGAGUUCGCCACAAGUCCUCGCAUUGAAACAGGUGUGCAGCUGCCAGAUCAAGGUGGAUUUGGACUGGACUCAUUAGCAAAAGCUUAAGUCUGAGUUGUGUAUCAGUUUGUUUUCACGGUUGCUUAUGGAAGUCCUUCAGUCGGCCUUUUAUUAUUUAUUUUUUUUUUUUAAUCCAGUAUUUGGGGUAAAACAUCAACUUCAGUCUUUUUUGUUUUUGCUGAUGUCUUUGAAAACCACAAUUACUCUUUAAUUAUAGACACAAAACAUUUAAACCAAAAAAUGUUGGGAAACUUUGGAGGAGCAAAAAAAGUUCAAUGCAUCUCUCGUCAUUCUCCCCAAAAUAUUUUAAAUGUUCACGUAGCUGGACAGAAGUUGUGACGUGAACAACAAAUGAUUCAUGUUUGUGUCGGAUGAACCUGCGAUCAUAUAAAUGCUGAUUAAAUGUAGCUGUGUUGUUAUGGAUAUUUAGUGACUUUGGUAAUUUUCAGGCUGUAAUUAACUUUAGUUUUUUUUUUUUUUUUUUUUUUUUUUUUCCUUUGAAUAAUUGUUUCUUUGGGGGGGGGGGAAUUCACCUGACCACACCUCCUCCCCAAAUCUUUCACAGGUGAACAAAUUUUACAUUAAGUAAUUUAUUAGGUUUGUGUGUGUGUGUGUUUUGAGUUAUUUAUGGCGUUAAUAUCGAUAGCAGAAUCAUUUUUAUCACCAAGUUUUAUGUUAAGAUAUUGGACAGCACACUGCUGAUAAUUUGUCAGUAGAGUAAUCGGCCGUCAAAAUCCUGCAUGGAGACAAGGUGACGUCCACAGUGAAACGUUUUACUAUCCAAACACUGAAGAGUGAGUGUUUGAACUUAAAAAUGGAAAAAUAAUAAUAAUCAGGUGCAAUUGCAAGUGGGGGGACAACGUGUAAGAAUUGUAGCUGAUGUGAAUCCAUUCAGAGUUGUUAGAAUAAUUGAUAACGGAGUCUCAUUUUACAAAUUCAGCAUUUUAUGUGUUGCAGCCCCUCAAUAAUGACUAUAUAUAUAAAACAAGCAGUGAUAGAGCAUGCAGGAAUUUUGUUUUCCUGGAUUGAGCUGCAACGAUUAAUUGAUUAAAGUAAUUGCCAAUUA